AUGUCGCUUGUUCUCCCUGAGGCCCAUCAACAAUUCCAGCACAUUCUCCGUCUGCUCAACACCAAUGUCGACGGUAAACGCAAAAUCAUGUAUGCCCUGACGGAGAUCAAGGGUGUCGGUCGCCGUUACUCCAACUUGGUCUGCAAGAAGGCCGAUGUUGAUCUCAACAAGCGUGCCGGCGAGUUGAACUCCGAUGAGCUCGAGCGGCUCGUGACCAUCAUCCAAAACCCCACGCAGUUCAAGAUCCCAACAUGGUUCCUGAACAGGCAGCGGGAUAUCGUCGACGGCAAGAACUCGCAGGUCCUGUCCAACGGUGUUGACUCGAAGCUCCGUGACGAUCUCGAGCGGUUGAAGAAGAUCCGGGCGCAUCGUGGUCUGCGGCACUCGUGGGGCCUCCGCGUCAGGGGUCAGCACACGAAGACCACCGGCCGUCGCGGGAAGACCGUCGGUGUGUCGAAAAAGCGCGGUUAA